AUGUCACAGAAAACCGACCCAGUGCUAAAACAGAGGAGUCUGGUGGUUAAGAAUGACUCAAUUAGUCCAUUGGAUGCUUCCGAGAAAAAAGUCCCACAAGACCAGUCUAAACCAGAGGUCAAAAAAGCCAAAGAAAUUAUAAAUAACUCAUUACCACCUCCAAUUGUACUACAAUACCUCAUAACUUUAAGAAUAAUCAAUGCUUUUACCAUAAACACUUUUUUCCAGCCUGACGAAUACUUUCAAUCAUUAGAACCUGCUCACUUUUUUGUCUAUGGAUACGGUGAGUUGACAUGGGAAUGGUUGACUGAGCUUAGAAACUUCAAUUAUCCAUUUAUUUAUUCAUUAUUGUAUCAGCUAUCAGAGUUUUUUGAUUUGGGCUAUACUGGUGUCUAUAUACUACCAAAACUAUUCAAUGGCAUCAUUGCAGGAAUAAGUGACUAUUGUUUAUAUUAUUUAGCCAGAAACUUGAACCUCUUUCCAAACAGCGCAGCCAAAAAUGAGGUUUUUGCAAGAUAUGUUUUAGCUGCCUCUGUAUUGUCUUCUUUUAAUUGGUUCUUGAUUACAAGGAGUUUUUCAAAUAGCUUUGAAAUGAUUUUGACAACAGUUGCUUUAAGUUAUUGGCCAUUUUCAACUCGUUUGAAUAUGAAAUCGUUGAGUAUUGCGUCGGUUGCUUGUAUAAUUAGACCAACAAAUGCUAUAAUUUGGUUAAUAAUUGGUAUAGAUUUUUUGGUUUCAAAAAAGAAUUCAAAGAAUUUUAAAAUUAAUGUCAUAAUAUACUCAUUAAUCAUUGGUGUGGUGAUAAAUUUAAUUAAUUUAUUAAUUGAUUACUAUUAUUAUGGAAAAUUGACUUUUCCUUUGAAAAACUUUAUCAAAUUUAAUUUAAUCAAUUCAUAUUCAGAUUUUUAUGGCAUAAAUUCCAUUAGUUUUCAUUUUUUACAAAGUUUACCGUUUAUUUUGACAACUUAUCUUCCUUUUUUUAUAUUUUCUGUUUUCAAAUUUCCAGCUGAAAAAAGAAAAUUAUUUAAUAUUAUCAUUAUUUCAAAUUUGGGGUUUUUCUCACUAAUUACACAUAAAGAAUUCAGGUUUAUUUAUCAAUUGAUGCCUUUUUUAAUUAUCUAUUCGUCAUAUGGUAUCUAUCAAUUUUCCAAUAUUCCUAAUACGAAUAAUGGAAUUUUAGUUAAAAUGUUUAAAAAAUAUUUUUUUCAUUUAAUUGUUAUAAUAAAUCUCGCAAUCAGUUUAUUUUUAACACAAAUUCAUGAAAGAGGAGUCAUUGAUUUGGUGGUAAGUCUUAGAGACGACCCAGAUGUUGAAUCUAUUGGACUUUUAACGCCAUGUCAUUCAACACCUUUACAAUCACUUUUACAUAAUAAAGAUUUAUCAAAAAAGAACCACAUUUGGUAUUUGACAUGUGAGCCACCUUCAUUAAAUAAUGAGUCUGGAGAUAAAAUUGAUAUUAAAGAUUAUAAAGAUGAAUCAGAUAUAUUUUAUGAAAAUCCAUUUGCCUUUUUAACCCAAAAUCUUCCACCUGUUUUUAAUAAAAAUCUAAGAACUCCAGGAAAAUAUUUUAAAUAUGAGUGGCCAACACAUUUAAUUUUUUUUGAAAGUUUAGAAAAGGAAAUGAAAGAAUAUUUAAAAGAUAGUAAGUAUGAAGAAUGCGAUAGAUUUUUCAAUACAUGGUUUCAUUGGGAUAGUAGAAGGCAAGGUGAUAUAAUAGUUUACUGUAAAUGGCCAUGGGAUUGA